UCAUUCCCACCCGGUCACAUAGCCCCUAAGCCCCACACGUCCAUAAUAUUUACCUAGAUUAUAUAUAAAUAUUUUUAUAAUGAUAUAUUCUGCUUACUUAGCAAAAAUAAAAAUAAAUAAAUUUAGAAUCCAUUCAUUUCCUCGAAGAAUAUUAAAGAAAAAAACAUUUUCGUUCAUACAAAACACACCCUAUAACUUUAUAUUCAUAACUUAGUGUAAUUUACCUAAAUCUUUUAUGUGAGAAAAGUGAAAAUAAAAAAGUAUUAGAGUUCGGUAAUCUCCUUUUGCUCAAAUACCUUUUACUGUCUUUCACUCAGACAGUUCCAAGAGAAAAAUUCAGUUACACAGGCACCAAAAAAAAGUUAGUAAAGCACAAUUGCUUUUACGUUAUUCAUCAGUUUUUGCUUCAUUUUGUUUGCUAAAAUGCUGUUAAUUCUGGGAAUGAUCGCUCUUGGUAAAUGAGCUGUGAAUAUGUAAAGGGCUAGCUAGAUUUUGAGUCUUGUUCAGCUGACAUUUUAUUCUUGUUAUUGAUAUAUUUUUUGGUACUUUUCCAAAAAAAUAAAAUAAAGGGUACCAAGUUCUUACUUUAUACUCUUGGAGAAAAUGGAAGUUUCAGUCAUUAUCUUUUAGUUAGAGAAAACGUCCAUCAAGGUCAUUAACAGAAUUUGGUUAGAGAAAAUGUCACAUGACCAGUGUGAAUUUUUGUUUUUGAGUACCCAUAUGUGAUGCAUCCUCAAAAUUUUUGCCUCACUUCUGGUUCGCCACGUAAAGCAAAUUAGUAGGAAAUUCUUAACCAAAAAGAUUUUAACAGUUUAAGUACUUAAAAACUACUUAUACUUAAAAGUGGUAGAGGAUCAGAUGGUAUCCAUUGUUUAAAAUAAUCAAAGUAUGUCACAUCAACUUUUCCUUCUUUAUUAUCGGUUUGUUUUUUCAGCAUUUUGACUUGCAAAACAAGGAUUUUGGUGGAGGAUGGUGGCGUUCUCAAAUGAUGGUUUAUCCGCUGAAUGCGCGAAGAAGCUGUAUUUUGUAAUUACACCAAAACAGAAAGUUCGGAAAGUAUGGGCAGUGCGGGAUUUUCCCCCAGGUUGUGGUAGAAAUGCUCAAAAAGUUGGCUUGAACCACAAGGAAAAUGAUGUGGUCUCCAUCAGUGAAAAUAUGGCCAACACUCUGGUGGCCGAUGGUGACAAUGGUCCUAACACUGGGAAUGAGUUCGAUUCUGCUGAAGGUGUCGAUCUGCUGAAGGUGUGGACUGUCUCGUUGACAUGGAAGAGAAUGAAGAAUUGGACAAGUUGGCAGGUAAUGCGUUAGCCAGAACCACGAGUGUGAUAGAAAACGGGUUGGAAGAACCAAUGAGUCAUGUCAGAUCGCUUGGAUUUGAGUUGUCUAAAGAUCCUGAAAAUAGUGAAAUGUCAUUGCUCAAGAAAGCAAAAGUCAUUCGUAUGAUGAAUUAGUGCUGGAAGUUGAUGUGGAAAGACAUUCAAUGCACCCUGGCAGUGUGACUGAUAGUAGGAAAAUUCCUGUUUGUGAUGUGAAAACAUUGUCACUGCCUCAGCAGCCACCCAAGAAUGGAAGCGUCGAGGAUAAUAUUUCCCCAUUGCCAAAGAAAAAGUACUGCCAAGGAAGAGUUUUUGCUGUUCGUGACUUCCCUCCAUUUUGUGGAAGAAAUGCUUCUAAGCCAACCGAACUGGAUCGCUUGGGUGGUAGUGAAGCAAGCAAGAGAGUGGUUGUGUUAGAUAAGGGAGUUACAGAAAAUGAAGUGAUUGAGACGUCGAAAAAUGUUAUGGGUAGCUUAAUGGAAAGAGCAACAGUUUGCAUUGAAGACCCCGAAGGUGUCCAAGAUAACUAUGUUGGAAGGAGCCAACUUGAAAGAACUGUAAUGUUUCCAGAGACAAUGACGAAAAAGGAGAAUGAGGAUACAAGAAAAAUUAUGCGGAAGGAGUUUAUUGUAAAUUCACGGAAUGAACGUGAAAAGGCGACUACUGCAAAACAUGGUUUUGGUUCUGGAGAUAAAAUUAGUAGGCCAAUUGUGCAUGGGUUGGUGGAUGAGCCUUAUUCUCCAUGGAGGCAGAGGACGCAAACUCCUAGGCCAAUUGUGCAAGGUCUGAUGGCUGAGAAAUACUGUCCCUGGAGUCAGAGGCAGCAAACUAGUUUAGAUGGCCUGAUGAGUGGAAACCAAGUUCAAAAGCCUAACAUGUAUCGGUGCAAUAAAUCCUCAGCUGUUGCCAGAAAAAGUAUUCCUAACUCAAAAUUUCGGCAGAGACUAUUUGGAAGGACUAAAUCAGGUUUUAUUGGUAAAGCUGCGCCAGGAUUUUCAAGUGCACCGGCUGCCAGCAAUGAUGGAACUCGUGGUUUGAAUUGUGAAGCAGUACCUGAAGAAUCUCCUAUUGGACAGGGGCAGUGUGAGUUUGAUGUGACUCAACCACGUUUUGGUCCAAAAAGUUCCAGUCGCAGUGAUGCUCGUAGUAAAGUUAGAGAGACUCUUUGUCAGUUUCAGUCUACCUGUAGAAAAAUCUUGCGUGGGGAAGAAUCAAACUCAAGGCCUGGAGAAGUAAAAGCUAAGCAAAAAGAUAAAAUGAACAUAAGGAUUGAUCUUCAGGCAGCUAAGAUUAUCAAAGAAAAAGGGAUGGAAGUUAAUACAGGACCGCAGAUACUGGGAGAAGUUCCAGGAGUUGAAGUAGGAGAUGCGUUCCAAUACAGGGUUGAACUUGCUCUUGUGGGAGUUCAUCGCUUAUAUCAGGCUGGUAUAGAUUUCCUAAACAAUAGAGGAAUGCUGGUUGCAACUAGUAUUGUUGCUUCAGGGGCCUAUGAUGAUGAUUUAAGAGAUGCUGAUGAGCUGAUUUAUUCUGGGCAAGGCGGAAAUGUGGUCGGCAAGGUCAAAAUCCCUGAAGACCAGAAACUUGUAAAAGGUAAUUUAGCCUUGAAGAAUAGCAUAGGUACAAGGAAUCCUGUUCGGGUGAUUCGUGGAUCUAAGGAGACCAGGACUUCUGAAUCCAGGGGCGGGAGAGCACCUGUGGUGACAACUUAUGUGUACGAUGGUUUAUACACUGUUGACGGUUAUUGGAGAGGACAGGGGCCACAUGGCAAGAUGGUCUUUAUGUCCAAGUUGGUGAGAAUUCCAGGACAACCAAAGCUUAAUUGGAAAGAAGUACAAUCAUCAAAAAAGUCCAACAUGCGGCAUGGUGUUUGUGUUCCUGCUAUUACAGAAAGGAAGGAGUCUCUACCUAUAACAACUAUGAACACAAUUGAUGGUGAGAAACCCCCACCGUUCAAGUACAUCAAGAAGAUGUAUCCAGCUGGUUUCCGCCCUGCUCCACCUAAAGGCUGUGAUUGUAUUGGUAGAUGUUCUGAUGCCAACAGGUGCUCAUGUGCAGUUAAAAAUGGAUUUGAGAUCCCUUACAACCAUAAUGGAGCUAUUGUUGAAAUUAAGCCUCUUGUAUACGAGUGUGGUCCUUCUUGUGGAUGCCCUCCUUCAUGCUAUAAUAGAGUGAGUCAACAUGGUAUUAAAGUUCCCCUGGAGAUCUUCAAGACAGAUACAAGGGGCUGGGGUGUGAGAGCUCUAACUUCUAUCUCUUCAGGAACCUUUAUUUGCGAGUAUACAGGAAAACUUCUCGAAGACACAGAAGCCGAACGAAGAAUUGGCAAUGAUGAAUAUCUUUUUGAUAUUGGCCAGAAUUAUAGUGGUUGUACUAUGAACUCUUUAGCAGAAGAGGGUGGUUAUACCAUUGAUGCAGCUCACUAUGGAAAUGUUGGACGAUUCAUCAAUCACAAUUGUUCUCCCAAUAUGUAUGCACAGAAUGUUUUCUAUGAUCACGAGGAUAAGAAAAUGCCCCAUAUCAUGCUUUUUGCGGCAGAUAAUAUUCCUCCCUUGAAGGAGCUUUCUUACCAUUACAACUAUUCUGUGGAUCAGGUUUAUGAAUCUGAUGGCAAGAUCAAGGAGAAGAAGUGCUUUUGUGGAUCUUCAGAUUGUACUGGUAGGAUGUACUAGGAUUUAUAAAGCUUAGCUGUUGUAGUUGAAUGGAAGAGUUACAUCUCGUUGUCUUGUUUUUUUCUUUUUUUUUUUUCAUCUUGAAUAGUAGUGCUUCUUCUUCUUGUUUAGUCUGAUAUGCUACAUAGUAUAGUCUCUUCAUGGAAACAUAAGCUUGUACAGGCUGACUUGUAUGAUCCUAUAAUCUGAACUGACAAAUUUUGCACUAGUACUAAAGCCUUUUUUUAUGAUAUUUAGAUGUGGUUGAACUAGUUAAUUUGCUUUCCCAUCUCCUUCCAUGACUCUGGUUGCAUUACUUUCUCUUUUUAGUUGCAAAUAAUAGCAUGACGGUUGUAUUUACAUCUCCGUUGGAGGAUGCAAGAUUUAUGUGGCUGACUAAAUUGCUCUCUGAACUGCUUUUGGCUCGGACCGUAUGUACUCUAAAUCCUUGAUUUGAUCUGCCUAUGUGGGAAGAUAAUAACAACAACAUACCCAGUGUAAUCCACAAGUGGGGUCUGAGAGGGUAGAGUGUCGCAAACCUUACCCCUACCUUGGCAAGCAGAAAGACACAUCUUUUUGACGGUAUUUCUAAAAAUUAGGUGGACUCUUUUUUCCGACGGUAUUUCUCAAACUUUUCAACCCCUCCCCCA